AUGUUUCACAAAAUUUUAACAGUUUUUCUUUUAUUAUCUACAGUUACAGUUAAUGUAAAUGGUCAAUAUGCAUAUGCUGUUGAUGUUUUAGGAUCAUUAACAACAUCACAAUUUAGUUGUAUCAAAUCAAGUGGUUAUUCUGCAGUUUUUACUCAAAUUUAUUCUGCUUCAAAUGGAGGAACUGUUGAUACAAAUGGUUGUCAAAGUGUAAUUAAUGCUUAUCAAGUGGGUUUAGGAACAGAAGUUUAUAUUAAUCCAUCUCCACAAAGCAGUAAACAAAGUUAUAUGCAGUUUGAUGAAGCAUAUCAACAACUUAAAAAUGCUAACAUUAAUGUUCGUACUAUUUGGCUUAAGGUAACUAAUCCAGUUCUUUGGUAUCAAAAUCCAUCAAAUAAUAUUAAUUUCAUUCAAGGAAUGAUAACCCGUGCCAGAAGUUAUGGUGUUACACUUGGAAUUUUUACAAGCUGGUAUGAUUGGUAUCAAAUUACUGCUUCUACUACUACAUUCCAACAAUAUAAUCUUCCAUUAUGGUAUUGGAAUACACUUGGAUUUGGACCAAGUGCCGAAGGAUCAGCAAAUUUCAAUGAUUUUAGAACAUUUGGAGGUUGGUCAUCUCCAAUGGCAAAAGAAUAUGCUCUUAAUGAAAGUUGCUGUUCAGCUAUUAUAUCUAAAGUUGCAUAUCAAACAUCAAGUAGUUUUUCUAAACUUUUAGUUAAAAAUGUUAAAUAUCCAUUAGCCGGAAGUGCUAUUUUUUAA